CUUACCUCACAGAGGUAGCUCCUCCGCCGGCAGCAACUCGGCGCCGGCGGUCCAUGGACCGGAACCCCGGGCCGACGGGCAGGAACCCGGGCCCCGAUUGUCGCCUCCCCGCCACAAGCUCCUCCUCCUCGCUCCCCGCCGCCUCCUCCAGACGCCCGCAGGCCGCGCACCGCCGCCGCCGGACUCGCGGAGCUGCCCCGGGAGGCUGGGUGGUGGGUUCGCGGCCGCCGCGGGACUGAGGCCUACUCCGCCGCCUCUCAGUGCUAUUGUCCCUGGGCCCGGUCCUAACCGGGUCCACUGGAGAGGCGAGUGCUCCGGCUCCACGGAAGAUGCCGGACCAAGCCCUACAGCAGAUGCUGGACAGAAGUUGCUGGGUGUGUUUUGCCACUGAUGAAGAUGAUAGAACUGCUGAAUGGGUGAGACCAUGCAGGUGCAGAGGAUCUACGAAAUGGGUGCACCAGGCUUGUCUACAGCGCUGGGUGGAUGAAAAACAAAGAGGAAACAGUACUGCCAGAGUGGCAUGUCCUCAGUGCAAUGCUGAAUACCUAAUAGUUUUUCCAAAGUUGGGUCCAGUUGUGUAUGUCUUGGAUCUUGCAGAUAGACUGAUCUCAAAAGCCUGUCCAUUUGCUGCAGCAGGAAUAAUGGUUGGCUCUAUCUAUUGGACAGCUGUGACUUACGGAGCAGUGACAGUGAUGCAGGUUGUAGGCCAUAAAGAAGGUCUGGAUGUUAUGGAGAGAGCUGACCCUUUAUUUCUCUUAAUUGGACUUCCUACUAUUCCUGUCAUGCUGAUAUUAGGCAAGAUGAUUCGCUGGGAGGAUUAUGUGCUUAGACUAUGGCGCAAAUACUCAAAUAAACUACAAAUUUUGAACAGUAUAUUUCCAGGGAUUGGUUGUCCUGUUCCUCGAAUUCCAGCUGAAGCUAAUCCUCUAGCAGAUCAUGUCUCUGCCACCCGAAUAUUAUGUGGAGCCCUUGUCUUUCCUACUAUUGCGACAAUAGUUGGUAAACUGAUGUUUAGUAGUGUCAACUCUAAUUUACAAAGGACAAUCUUGGGUGGAAUUGCUUUUGUUGCCAUAAAAGGAGCAUUCAAGGUUUACUUUAAACAGCAGCAAUAUUUACGUCAGGCACACCGCAAAAUUCUAAAUUAUCCAGAGCAAGAAGAAGCAUAAAACUGUGACUUCCAGUCGUUCUGCAGUCCUCUCAUCCUUAUGAGUCUGUUGUGUUGUUUUGAUUCCAUCAUUAAUGCACCGUAGUGGAGACUUGUGAUAAGCUGCUGCUCUCAUAUUUUUAAGAAAUAUAAUAAAGAAAGCAGGGACGGGGAAAUCCUCUCAGUAAUCACGGAACUUAAGGAUGUGAUUUGUUCUCAUUAUUCUGUAUGUACUUCUUUUAUGGCAGUCAUAUGAACACAUUAAAUUAGCAUGGUAAACCUGGGCUUUGUUCAUAUUUUCUUCAGACAGAAAUGUAAAGAUCAACCUGUUCAAAUACAGAAAAAUACACAUGCCAUUUUAUUCAGAUGCCUCUUUUGUACAUGUUCAUGUUCAGUGUUUUCUUAGAAUCGGCAACUCAAGGAAGGUACUAUGAGGAUUUUUCUCACUGGCAUAAUUUGAUUACAUGUUAAACAGGAGUACAUGUUAAUAUGAGAAAAUGUAAAUUAAAUUAGUUAUAAAUAAAUGACAAACCAAAAAUGUAUGUAAGCAUUCAAAUGAUUAUCUGAACAAAUGCGAUUUUGAUGUUUUUCUUAACCCAUGUGAUAUCCUCAAAUGUGUAGGGUAAAAAUUCACAGGGCUUCCAGAUCACUUUUUCACUAUUAAAUUUUAUUUCUAUAAUGUUGACAUCUCAUAGUUCAUAAUGUAAUUUUGACUCGUGCAGUCUUAAUUACUGUGUGUGUGUGCGCGCGCGAUAUCAGGUCCUUUCAUCACUGGAAUAAGAUUUUUAAAUCCAUAAUUCUCAGAAAUUCGAGCUACCACAUAUAGUAGUUUGAGCACAGCGAACGAUUUGAAAAAAAAAUCAAUAAAGUUAUUUUACUCUUCUCUUUGAUUCAGUUAUUCAGGUAUUUUCUGAUCACCUGUUUGACCAGGCACUAUGCAAAGUGCUGUGAUACAGUGUGAACAACACAGACUUGGUUCCUGAUUUUAUGUAGUUGACGGUCUAAUUUCAAAUAGAAAACCAACAGUGGUGAACCAAGGUGAGGCCUUGAGGUCUUGAUUUUACACCAGUCAGUGAGGAAGUAAUUAUGAAAAUAAGUCUUGAGUAAAUACUGAGGUCAUUGUUUUUGGCUUAAGACAAUUUAUUAUUUAAAAACCCAAUACUAAUGUUUUUAGAUUUUAACUGCUUGUUAUAUUGAUGAGGGUAGUACCUUAAUCACUGUUGAACUAGUUUUAUAUUCAUUUUUAAAAAGCAUUUAUUUAUUUUAAGCCAUUUUCAGUGGUGGCCCUUUAAAUGUUGUUCGCAAUCUGAAUGGUCUUGCAGUUAUUUUCAUUAAAUUAAAUUACAUUUUUAAAGUUAGUUCCAAAAACCUUGUUUAUUUUCUUGUUUACAGUAUCUAAUGCAUGACGACAAUAAAAAUUUCCCCUUACUAAGAAGUGGCCACUUCUCUUUAGGGGUGUAGCAAAUACAGAUUGAUCUAGGUUAGAAUACAGUAAUGUAUGUUAACUUUAGUAAUUUAAGACUGGUAUCUUUUUAUAAUAUGAAUGUUUUAAUUUUGAGUUAUAACAGGAAGUUGAUGUGAAUGGCUGUUGAACAUUCAAAGUUUGGGGAGGAAGGGAAUAUCUGACUGACAGUGGGCCUUAUUAAGAACACUGUUAUAGUUCUGAAGGGGAAAUAAAAAUCUGUGAUUAUAUAUAUAAAUAACUUAGAUUAUGUAGCUAUAAUUAUAAAAUAUAUUGGCUUUUUUAAUUUAAGAUGAAAAGAUAUUAGAUAUUUCCUGCAUAAUUUUGUUACAUAGAACAGCUUUUAGGCAGCCUUUACUAAAGUUGUAUACGCACACAGUUCCCCAUUUACUACUUUAAUGCUCAAGGUGGGGACAAGGGAGCGGGGUUUCUGGGGCUGUGUGAGGGAAUUGCAAGUGCCUGGGGACCAAGAGUGGCCUCUAGCCCUGGAAUUGAACACUUAACUCUUAAGAGCCGUAUUAGCUUGAGAAUUAUGUCCCAGUCUCGAGAAAGGUGGCUUGCACCACCAUGAAGUAACAAGAACAUGAGCUGACUAAUGUUGGGUAGACCUGGGUUCAAAUGAUAAUUCUGCUUUUAAUAACUUGACCUUGGCCAAGUGACUUAACUUUCAGCUAUAGUUUUCUUCAUCACUGAAAUGCAAGUAAUACUCAACCUCAGAAGAUAUUUCUAGGCUUAAAUGAGAAAAGGAACAGAAGCACUUUAGGCUUGAAAUGGCCCCUACAGAGUAGUAGUUGUUUCUUAAUUGCUAAAUAGCCUGUUCACACUCUAAGAAAACGGAAUGAAUAUGUAAAAGAAAGGCAUUAGAUUGAAGGGAUGCUGUAGACUUUUUGGAUGGGUGGGUACAUUUUAUGUUUUUCAGUUUAUUUUCACAUUGCUUUACCGUGUUCUAAAAACUAAUGUUUUAAACUUCUUAUAUGAAAUUUGAUGACAACUAGUAGAAUUCUCUGCAGAAAUUAACAUUUCCAAAGUGGCUGAAAAUAUUGUUUAUCAUUACAUGAUUAUCAAAUGACUGUGAAGAAUAUAUAAUUAAACUUAGUGACUUAAUUAGUCACUGCCUUGCUAA